CGUUCAAAGCGGCGGCGCAGGUGGUGUUUAUGGUUCUUGCUGUUACUCUUCCGCCGCAGGCGGCGGAGGGCCUCACCGUCGGCAAGGAGCAGAGGGAAUUUGACUACUUUGUGUUGGCUCUUCAAUGGCCAGGCUCUUCCUGCAGAAACGUAAGCAUGUGCUGCCCCACCAAUGGUUGCUGCCACCGAGCUGAAUUUCCCGCCGAGUUUACAAUUCAUGGGCUAUGGCCUCAAUAUCAAGAGAAAGGGUGGCCUUCAUGUUGUACUAAUGAAACCUUUAACGGAAAUGAGGUUAGUUCCUUGUUUGAGGAUCUUGACCGUUACUGGCCAAGCUAUCGGUGUGGUCUUGUGAGCAGUUGCGAUAACAGAAAAGGAUCAUUUUGGGCUCACCAGUAUGAGAAGCAUGGAACCUGUGGAUCACCUGUAAUCCUCCACCAAUAUGAUUACUUCUUCACAACUCUCGCCCUUUUCUUUAACUACAAUGUCACUGAAGCUCUGGAGGAUGCUGAAAUUGUAGCUUCUGAUACCAAAAAGUAUAGUAUUAAAGAUGUGUUUGAAGCUGUUCGGUCUGCUUUCAAUGCAAAUCCAAAGCUUACUUGCGGUAAAAAAGGGAUUAUUAAGGAACUUCGUCUAUGCUUUGAUAAAGAAUUCAAGCUAAUCGAUUGUGAUGCUACAAAAUCAUGUCCCAAAUUUGUUCGUCUACCAGAAUUUCAUGAACUACCGAAGUCGACCAUGGUUAAGAGAGCAAUUCCAAGAAUGAUUGACGUUGAAGCAACUUCACUUUUUUUUGUCAAACAAAGUGUGAAAUAGUUAACUUAGUUUGUCGAAUAACAAUUCAAAAAAGUUUCCA